AUGUCAAGGCUGUACAACUCUGCCGAACGCCUCAUCUCGGAAGCUGGGCCUGCGAGCGACAGCCCAGAUACGGAAAUGGGACGAGUGGAAGAGCUCGCCUAUAUCCGAGUCACAGGCGCUGCAGAACACGAUUCCACCCACGGGACCGACCGAAGUUUCGAAGCCUGGAGGCUUGCAUUCUGCGAGGCGUUCACCGCUCGUAUGCCGCGUGAACUUCGGGACAUGACAUACGACCACCUUCUUGAGCCAGAGUACAUCGUCCGAGUCGACCCCGGAGAGUCACUUAGGUGGUGUUUGCCCGACCUCCAGUGCGCCUCCAAGAUCAUCCCAGCUAUCGAUCCCGUUACCGAAUCGCUCUUUCUGCCAGAGAAUGUUGGUCAGGAGUUUGCCUUCGAGAUGGCCCAGCAAUUAUAUCAGCGCGGCUCAUUCGACGUGCUCGAUCCCCGGGGCCUGGACAUGGUGUUCGAUAAUGACCUCUUUAGCGUUCACAAGAAGCCCUGUGGUUAUCCUCGCGGCCUCCGAAUUCACAUGUGGGAGAACCUUCAGGGCGGUGUAUGGCUCAAAAAUAUGCGGAACGAGCAAGAGACGCUACAAGAGGCUCUCGUCUGGCGUGUUCUGGACAAGGGACUCAAGACUGCGCAGGUAAUCGAACUCGUGCUUCACUUCUGCGACGUUCAGAUGUGUAAAAGUCUCCUCAAGAAUAUCGCACCUCUUGUGUAUGGGCUGCGGGCGGAGGGUACAUGCGUGAGCGUAGUACGUCGAGUAUUUCUUGGGCACAAUCUUCGCACUGCAGCAUACGGGAGCCCCGAAUAUGAUAUGACCUGGCUUUUCAACCAGACAAUGCAGGGCUGCCUGACGACCAUCAAUGAAGCGAGGGUUCACGCGCAUCUCGGAAAGAGAAUGCACCGCGAGGCACCGCAAGAUGGUUUUGUUCGACGACUCGCCGGCGCAGUGGUGCCCCAUUAA